UAUUUUAAAUUAUGACAUAGUGAAAUUUCUUUUUUAAGCCAAUUUUUGAGCUAGAGAAAUAAUGAACAUUUUUAAUACAAUUUUAUGAAAUUUGCCUUAUUUGAAGCCAGAAAAUGAUUCGAAUUAAAUCUGUAUUUAUUUAUACUACAUUAUUUUCAUUUUUAAUGUUAUUUCUACUAUUGUACAUACUUGGAGCUGCUCGUUAUGUUACGGAUUUUGAAGAAAAUACUUGUGAUAUGACAUACAUGUUUGAAUAUCCACAGUAUGUGAGAAUAUCCUUGGAUGACAAACUAGAAGAACAAUAUCAAAGAUAUGGAUUGUACGCAUAUGGAGAAGGUUUCAUUACAGAAAAACUUAGAAGAAUGUAUUUCACAGGAAUACCAGUUCUUUUUGUACCAGGCAAUGCUGGAUCUCACCAGCAAGUAAGAUCCCUUGCUUCUGUGAGUUUAAGGAAAAGUUUAAAAGAUAGAACUCCAUUUCAUUUUGACUACUUCACAGUUUCAUUUGGCAAAGAGUAUUCUGCUUUAUAUGGAGGUGUACUAAUGGAAGAAACAUUAUAUGUUUCGCACUGUAUAAAAAAAAUUUUAAGUUUAUACAAAACCAAUGUAGAGAAGAUUAUACUUAUUGGACAUUCAAUGGGAGGUAUUAUAGCUAAAGGUUCUCUAUUAUUGACCCCAAAUUUAAAUGCUAGUGUUGCAAGUAUUAUUAUUACUUUGGCUACACCUCAUACUCCUGUGUUAGUAUUAGAUAGUACUUUUGCUAGUUAUUACCAUAAAUUAAACAGUCGCUUAAGCGAAAUAAAAGAUGCAGGAACAAGUGUAGUAUCAAUAGGAGGAGGACCACGAGAUCUACUUGUGCCUUCAACACAAAUUGUAGAUUCUGCAGCAGAUAUUAAUAUUCUGUCUCCAGCUAUACCAAGUGUUUGGAAAUCUACAGAUCACCUGUGUAUUCUUUGGUGCAAACAAUUAGUGUUUUCUAUUGUGCGUUCAUUAUUUGAUUCUGUGAAUUAUUUUCAAAAACCUCCACAAAUUUUCUCUAAGCCUGAAGAAAGAAUGCAAGCUUUAUCAUAUCAUUUUCAUCAUCAUACUGCUGGCAAAAGAUUAUAUAUUUAUGAAGAUAUGAUACAAUUUAAACCUGGUGGUGAAUGGAUAGAAGAUAUUCGGAAACAGUAUACAUGGACUAACAAAAAUUUAUCUAAAAAGACAUCUUCUAUUUAUCUUAUGAUUAGAUUGAGAGAUGAACCAGAUCAUUUGACUAUUGACACUAUAAAUUUAGAAUCUAAAGAUUGGUUAUUUGUGUGCACAGCAUCUAUUAUAGAAGGACAAUCAAGAGUUUGCAAUUGGGGUUGGAACUUAACAAAUAAAACAAGAAUUUCGGUAGAUCCUUUACAUCGUUUAAGAAAAACUGUUGAUUUAAAUUUUCAAGAAAUAAAAUAUCCUGGUGUGACACACAUUAUAGUAAGAAUUACUCCAGAGGAUCUAGACAAUUUUGUAGCAGUAAAUGUUGACUUAUAUUCUUAUGAUACAAGAGUUAUACCUAUUAAAAGUGAAUUAUCUAUCUUAAACAAAUUACUUGUAAAACGUCGAAUGACGAAGACUGAUUCUGGACAUAUUAGAUACUAUGCCACUUUUAAUGAUAUAAGUGCUAUAGCAGUUGAACUUAAAGCAUCUGAAUGUACAGAUCCAAAACAUCAUGCAAUAGUUGAAUUAUUGGAACCAUGGAGUGUUGGAGUUACACAAAUUCAAUUUUUCACUGUUAUCGAUGACGGACCGAAAACACUGAAAAUUCAAACUAGACAUGAUACUUCUAAUGUAUCUGCAAAUCUGAGAAUAACAUUAGAUCCUGCAUGUCUAUAUACAAUUAAUAUUCAAGAAAGUGGUAUUAUAGAUAAAAUAUCUUGUAUUGUAAGAGAUCGUUGGUAUCUACUAUAUACAACAAUUAUUAGUCUGCUCCUAAUAUUUUUAUCAAUCAAAACUAAUCAUGAUAACGAACAAAUUCCAAUAGUGCUGAUUACAAUAUUCUUCUCAUUUUACUAUAAUUUAAUAUUUGAAUCUUUAGUUUCUAUGGCUAUUAUUUGUGUAUUUAUUAUUGGAUUAUGUUGUUCUGUUAUAUUCCUCGGAUCAGUGGCACAUAGUAUUGCUGUCAGAUUUCUAGCACGCGCAAUAGCUUUCUCAACAACAUGGUCAGAUUGGCUACUUGGUGGAUUAAAUCAGUUACCAUUUAUUACCACGAUUCUUGUUUUAUCCUUAGUACCAGCAACUUGUGGAGCCUUAGCUAUGAUAAUUUCAGUUUUCUUAUAUUUUCUAAAUUUAACAAAAAUGUACGAAGAUUAUUUGGAAGAAUUAUUAAUGGCUUCAUUACAACAUUUUAAUUGGAUACGGCCAUUUAGAAAUGCGAAAAAUAAUCCUGAAGAACAAGAGAAUACAAGACAGAAAAUAUUUAACCAUCUUAUUUUCUUCAUACUUUGGUGCUUUGUUGCAAUUCCAGCAGUACCAUCUGUACUUGUUUGGGCAAAAAAUUUCAGUUAUGAUAUGAGACUUUCUACUGAAGAUCCUUUGUUACUUAAAAGUUGGGUAAUUCUAGUAGCAUGCAGCACAUUAGGGUGGGUACAAAUUCCUUCUAAUGAUGGAAUUCGAUCUAAGAUAUUGUCUAGGAUAUUAUAUUUUGUUGGUUGGAUUGUACUUUCAAUGGGAGCAGCAUAUCAUCCUGCUUUUUAUCAGUAUUAUAUGCCGCCCAUUGUAGCUGGAAUUAUUGCUAUGGUUGCAUUAAAUUUUGUCACUUCAUAGCAUUCAAUUUAUUAAUUUAAUCUUUUAACAUGUAAAUUUUUGACUUAAUAUACGUUAAUUUUAUAUUUAAAUAAAUGUAUAUAAUUUAUUUGUACAGAAAGUAUUUGUUAAAGGACUGACAAGGAAAGGCACGGAAGUGCCCCUUCCGAUUUUGACGAAAUUUCGUAUAUUUGUGAAGCAGGCAAGAAUAAGGGACACGUAAUUUUUUUAUCGGCCGAAACAAAACAGCUUUAUUAUUAAAUUCUUGCAACAAGCAUUAUCGUCGUAGUGUUGACGAAGCUACUUCAAUAAAAGCUUAACUAAUAAAAAAAAUACGUGUCCCUUAUUUUUUCCUGCUUAACAAACGUACGAAGUUUCGUCGAAAUCGGAAGGGAAAACUUAAGUUGCUUUCCUUGUUUGUACAUAAUAUAAUAAAAUGAUAUAUUAGGAUUAUGUAAUUUUAUUAAUACAUUUUAUUAAACCGUU